UUUUUCGGGGUAGAGUUAUGCGGAACUUGUAAGUCCCGGUCGGCGUGUAUUUGUUGUGGUUUUCUUUGUGUUGAGGACUCAGCCCACUCGAGAGUCAAAGCAAAAGGAAGGCGGAUGUCAAGUGUCUAAACAACAAGUGCACUCAGCAUGGACACAUCGGCUUUUCGCCCGUAUACCUCCUUUAAGACCUUCUAUUGACUUCGUUCUUUCCCUUGAGAUUUGUAACAGUCUCUAGUGGCAAGCAUGAAGUUUUACGGCCACAUCCAGCUCCGCAUCGGGGAGGCGGUGGACCUGAAACCGACCACAGUUUCCCGGCGUCACUCCAGGAUUUUCAUGAAAAGCGCUUCGACGACAUUGGACCCAUACAUUGUCCUCAAGGUGGACGAUGUCAAAGUGGGUCAAACUCGCACCAAACAGAAAACCAAUUCGCCGACGUACAAUGAGGACUUUUCCUUCUCCGUGCGAGACGCACAACACGUCGAACUUGCUGUCUUCAACGAUACACCGAUCGGAUACGAUGACUUUGUGGCCAACUGCACCAUCCGCUUUGGGGACCUCACGAAGACAGCCAACACGGGCGAGUUCUUCGAGGGAUGGAAGGACUUGGAACCCGAAGGCAACAUUUACGUCUGUAUUAAGCUUAACGGAUCUUACAUAGAUGACGAGGCCAUCGUGGAGGUAAAAAAUCACCAGGAGUUUACCAGGAAGCGUCAGGGGGCUGUAAGGCGGAAAGUCCAUCAGGUCAACGGGCACAAGUUCAUGGCCACUUACCUUCGCCAGCCCACCUUCUGUUUUCACUGCAAAGACUUCAUCUGGGGUGUUUUUGGAAAGCAGGGCUACCAGUGCCAAGUAUGUACAUGUGUGGUUCACAAACGCUGCCACGAACAUGUUGUCACCGCAUGUCCACUCAUGAAGCGGUCAGAGUCUGUAAGCCCGGGCUUCAGCAUCAACGUCCCUCACCAAUUCAGGAUCCACAACUACAAGUCACCUACUUUCUGCAACCAUUGCGGAUCGUUACUGUGGGGAUUUAUCCGGCAGGGCCUACAAUGCAAAAUCUGUAAACUAAAUGUUCACAUUCGAUGCGAAAAGAACGUUGCGCAGAAUUGCGGCGUCGACACUGUGCAACUGGCCAAAAGGCUGGAAGAGAUGGGCAUACAUGCUGCAGAACUCGCCGAAAGAAACAUCCAAAGAGUAUGUACAUUUUCUAAAUCCAUUAACCAUAUAUUCUGCUUCAUCGUAGUGAGUUUUUCUUCUUCCCUUUUGCCUUUACAGUUCAGUUCAAGUAAAGUCAAAGAGCCUUCCAAAAGGAGGAAGAGUGUGAAAAAUCAACCAGAGAUCCCUCAAUAUGGCAUUUCCGACUUCACUUUCCUUCAAGUGCUCGGCAAGGGUAGCUUCGGAAAGGUCAUGCUUGCUAGACUCAACAACAAAGAUCGGGUUUUCGCAGUCAAGGUGCUGAAAAAAGACAUCAUCUUGCAGGACGAUGAUGUGGAGUGUACCAUGACUGAAAAGAGAGUGCUGUCACUAGCUACCUUUCACCCGUUUCUCACAAAACUAUACUGCUGCUUCCAGACUCAGGACCAUCUCUUCUUCGUGAUGGAGUUUGUAAAUGGUGGCGAUCUGAUGUUCCACAUUCAAAAGUCCAGAAGAUUUGAUGAGAAUCGGGCUUGUUUCUACACGGCGGAGAUCACGUCGGCUCUCAUGUUCCUGCAUGGCAAAGGCAUCAUCUAUCGGGAUCUAAAGCUGGAUAAUGUUCUCCUUGACAAGGAUGGCCAUUGUAAACUGGCAGACUUUGGCAUGUGCAAAGAAGGCAUCUAUGAAGGUGUCGGAGCGCGAACUUUCUGCGGUACCCCUGAUUACAUUGCCCCUGAGAUCCUUCAGGAGAUUGUGUACGGGGCCUCCGUUGAUUGGUGGGCGCUCGGGGUGCUCCUUUACGAAAUGCUGCAGGGCCACGCGCCCUUUGAGGCGGCAAAUGAAGACGAGCUGUUUGAGGCCAUCCUCAACGAAGAAGUUGCCUAUGCCCCUUGGCUCAGUGCCGAGUCAGUGGCUAUCCUCAAAGCUUUCCUGACCAAAAAUCCAGACAAACGCCUAGGUUGUGUGCAAUCAGAGGGUGGAGAAAUUGCUGUGACCAGCCAUGCCUUUUUCAGAAACAUUAGCUGGGAAAUGCUGAAUCGUAGAGCCAUAGAGCCACCAUUCAAGCCCAAGAUAAAAACUCCAGAAGACGUCAACAACUUUGACCCGGAUUUUACGAGGGAAGAGCCCACCCUCACGCCGAUCGAGGACUCGCCGAUGUCCAAUAUCAAUCAGGAUGAGUUUGAAGACUUUUCAUACACUUCACCCGAGUUGCUGGAAAACUAAGCUUCCUCGCCGGUCUGGUGAUCAACAUGCGGUUUCGAUCUUUGCCCUCGACAGUUCUCGGCCGUACAGUAUGACUGUUACAUUCCCCUCAGACGAGCACGAAGUCAAAUGACAUUUUGCUUGGAUUACAAUAUGGUAUGACAGACUUGUACAUGGUUUUUUUUCUUAAUUUUUUUGCCAAAAUGUAUGUAUGUCUUUUUUGUACUGUUUGAUGAGCUCACGUUGUUGUGGUAGUGUUUUGAUUCAGCAAAUUGGGCAGACUUCCUUUUUUUUUUUUUUUUUAAACUGGACUUCCAGCAAUUUCCCGACAAAUGGCCUUAGUUUUGUGCUAUCUUUUAUUUCCUGUGACACACAUAACUGGAAAAAAAAUCCCCUCAAACCACUCCCCUUGUCUAAAUAAAAGUAAAAUUUAUAUCGAUGUUUGAAGCUUAAAGCUAGCCCUAUACUUCAAUAAAAACAUGAAGGUAUUAUGUUGGUAAAGGCAGACUAAGACGGUGUAUGUGUUAUUCCAUCAGUCACAGUCGAGCAAAUUCCUGUCACCCAUCCAAACUUUACCGAGCAUGUUGAAGAUGAUGCAACAUUACAUUUGCUGUAAAAGCGCUUGUGAUUCAUUCUGACAACUAACUCCAAACUUUCUACAAUUUCAACAUGUCUGUUGACCUAGAAUGCACACCACUGGCAUUUGGCAACUACUUAAUUGUUUUGUAUGUCUUCUUCCUUUACCAUUGCAGUCAUCCAUUUGCUCUUAUCUGAAACUUUCUGUUUCCUUCCUCAAAAACACACUGAAAAUAAUAUUUGGCAGCCACUCAAUAUCCAGGAGCUCAUUUUCCGAACCAUUGAAUCAACCAAUUACGAGUAAUUUCUCAGUCGAAGCAUGGUAAAAACAUUUUAACUUCUCUGUUGCAGUCCUGGCCAAAAGCAACAAGCUAAUCAUCGCAUGAGUUUAGCAGGAACUUGCGUAAAAUAAACAGGAAACCACACUGCGUCAUUACCGUCGCUUUUAGGAAGACACGAGAGGAGUGAAUGAUGCUUUUUUUUGUGUGCUGCUUGAGAGUGUGCGCCUUGGUUACAAAACUAAUCUUUUAAACAACUUUCUUGUUCAAGGACAGACUCUUAAACAAUGCUGCUGUCCGUGAUGAACCUGGCCCUGAUAGGGAGUGCACCUCCCUUAAAAACAACUGUACUUCCUGUUCGCUUCAAGGAGGAAGCCUGCAUUUGUUUAUCUUUGACCCCCUACUGUGGCGCAAUUGUCUGGCUUUGUUCAGCAGCCUUACCUGCUUGUUGAGACAAGUGAGCACAUUUUGCACCAACCUGCAAUAUAAUAAAGAAAUGCCCGUCAGUA